AUGGCUGACCUGAGCCCCGAGCUGCAGCACAAGCUCGAGGAGCUGGAUAGAGAAUUGGAGAAGCGUCGAACGAUCUUGCUAUCUCAGUAUAUGGCCCAGCCUGAAACUCCCCGCGAGCCUCCGAGGUCCGGUCUGCGCAUACACUCUCCCGAUGACGAUGACGAUCACCAAACUCCUGGCGGCCACAGAACCGCGGCCAUGCAUGCCCUAGGCGGCGGCCAGCAGCUUUACGAUGGCCCUAACUCACCAGUGCAGGCCGACUACGACGACUCACCGCCGUCCUUCCCGUCGCCGCAGAUGCACCCAGCCAGUCUGCUACAACCCGGUGGCCCAAUCGCCGAGCGCGGUGUUGGUGGUCAACCCAAGCGUGACUCCCUCUUCCUCACCCCGGGAAACAGCAAUGAUGUCACAAGGACCGAGACCAUGGUGUCGGGAGACUACGUCUUCAACCCAGAGCACCAAGGCGCAUAUCCCGACCAGCCACAGCAAGGGUACGACGGCAGGACCGGCACCUUGCUCGACUCCCAGGCCUACUUCUCCGACUUUGCUGGCCAGCAGCACUUUGAUGGCCCGACAUCUGGGGAGCCGGCAUCUGACUUCCCCGGACACCAGAGAUAUUCUAUACCCGAUGCCUUCUCGCCGUCUGCCGCAAUUGCUCCGCCAAUGCUGACAGCCAAUGACCUCCCGCCCCCGGAGGCGCUUGAAUACCAGUCACCACUCGAGCCCAGAGAGGUACCCUUUGGCAUCAAUGAUCCCCAUGACAGCAACGUCCCCAUGUCCAAUUUCGAUAACAUGGCUGCUGUCCUGAGGCACCGAGCACGAACGACAGCAAAGGUGCCUGCGUACUGGGUGUUGGACAACAAAGGCAAAGAAAUAGCCUCCAUCACGUGGGAAAAGCUUGCCUCGAGAGCUGAAAAGGUUGCUCAAGUGAUCAGAGACAAGAGCUCACUCUACCGUGGUGAUCGUGUAGCGCUGGUGUACCGAGACUCUGAAAUUAUCGAUUUCGUUAUUGCUCUCAUGGGCUGCUUCAUCGCUGGAGUCGUUGCCGUACCCAUCAAUGAUCUCCAAGACUACGCCCGCUUGAACAUCAUUUUGACGUCGACCCAGGCGCACCUGGCCUUGACAACAGAUAACAACUUGAAAACGUUCCAGCGUGACAUCACGGCCCAAAAGCUGACCUGGCCCAAGGGAGUCGAGUGGUGGAAAACCAACGAGUUUGGCAGCUAUCACCCUAAGCGGAAAGAUGAUGUACCAGCUCUUACUGUUCCGGACCUUGCAUACAUUGAGUUUAGUCGAGGGCCUACGGGCGAUCUCAGGGGCGUGGUGCUGAGCCAUCGAACCAUCAUGCACCAGAUGGCCUGCCUGAGUGCUGUAAUCUCGACUGCCCCUCGCAACGGCCCUGGCGAUACCUUCAAUCCUUCUUUGCGGGAUAAGAAUGGCAAGCUGAUUGGGGGCAAUACCGGUAGCGAGACGCUCGUUUCUUACCUCGAGCCAAGGCAGGGCAUCGGCAUGAUCUUGGGUGUUUUGCUGAACGUCUACGGCGGCCACACCACAGUCUGGUUUGACAACAAGGCUGUCGAGUCCCCUGGCCUGUACGCCCAUCUCAUCUCCAAGUACCGAGCUUCCAUCAUGGUGGCGGAUUACCCAGGACUCAAGCGCACCGUGUACAACUACCUCCAGGAGCCAAUGGCGACUCGAAAUUUCAAAAAGGGGAUGGAGCCCAAUUUCCAAGCCGUUAAGCUGUGCUUGAUCGACACUCUGACCGUCGAUAGUGAGUUCAAUGAGGUCCUGGGCGACAGAUGGCUUCGGCCUCUGCGAAGCGCAAGAUCGCGGGAUGCUGUGUCGCCCAUGCUAUGUCUCCCAGAACAUGGCGGAAUGGUCAUCAGCAUGAGGGAUUGGCUCGGUGGAGAAGAGCGUAUGGGCGUGCCCUUGAAGCUCGAUCUGGGAUCAGAUGUGGACUCGGAAGACGAGAAAGAAAAGGAGGAGGAGAAGGAGAAGCCAUCUGGGUUUGGCAGCUUGCUGGGCGGCACCACCACAACCACGGAGCAAAAGGCUAAAACAGAGGUCAACGAAGUUUUGCUUGAUCGCGAAGCCCUGAAAACAAACGAGGUUGUAGUCCUGGCUGUUGGUGAGGAGGCGAGGAAGAGGGCUGAAAGCGAGCCUGGAUCUGUCCGGGUAGGCGCCUUCGGGUACCCGAUUCCUGAUGCCACGCUCGCGGUUGUCGACCCGGAGAGCGGGUUGCUUGCCUCGAACUACACAGUCGGUGAGAUUUGGGUCGACUCUCCAUCUCUGUCCGGUGGAUUCUGGUCUCAGCCCAAGUUCACCGAAAUCAUCUUCCACGCUCGGUCAUACAAGUUUGAGCCUGGCGAGCCCACACCUACCCCAGUCGAACCAGAGUUUCUCCGAACGGGUUUAUUAGGCACGGUUAUCCAGGGCAAGAUCUUUGUGCUUGGCCUCUACGAGGAUCGUCUCCGACAGAGGGUUGAGUGGGUCGAGCACGGCCACGAGCUGGCGGAGUACAGGUACUUUUUCGUUCAGCAUAUCGUCGUCAGUAUUGUCAAGAGCGUGCCCAAGAUUUACGACUGCUCUGCAUUUGAUGUCUUCGUCAACGAUGAGCAUCUUCCGGUCGUGGUCCUGGAGACAGCAGCCGCUUCCACGGCACCUUUGCAGAAUGGAGGUCCGCCUAGACAGCCAGACAUGGCCUUGCUGGAUUCCUUGGCAGAGCGGUGUAUGGAGGUGUUGAUGCAGGAGCACCACAUUCGGAUAUACUGCGUUAUGAUUACCGCACCAAACUCACUGCCUCGGGUAACGAAGAAUGGCCGAAGCGAGAUUGGCAACAUGUUGUGCCGACGUGAUUUUGAUCUCGGCAACCUCCCCUGCGUCCACGUCAAGUUUGGAGUAGAGCAUGCUGUUCUCAAUCUUCCAGUUGGCAUAGACCCGAUGGGCGGGAUCUGGUCGCAGCUCGCAUCUGAAUCGCGUGCAGACAUUCUGGCUCCUGCAGACAAGCAGUAUUCAGGAAUUGAUAGGCGUGAAGUGGUUAUUGAUGAUAGAACCUCGACUCCCCUGAACAACUUCUCAUGCAUAACCGAUCUCAUCCAGUGGCGUGUAGCCCGUCAACCCGACGAGCUCUCGUACUGCACCAUCGACGGCAGAGGCCGCGAGGGCAAAGGCGUCACCUGGAAGAAAUUUGAUUCCAAGGUCGCCGCUGUGGCCAUGUAUCUCAAGAACAAGGUGAAACUCCGACCAGGCGACCACGUUGUCCUUAUGUACACACACUCGGAGGAGUUUGUGUUCGCCGUCCAUGCUUGUAUCAACCUCGGAUGUGUGGUGAUCCCGAUGGCCCCUCUCGAUACCAACCGGCUGAACGAGGAUGUGCCUGCUUAUCUGCACAUCAUUUCUGAUUAUCAUGUCAAGGCAAUAUUGGUUAACCAAGAGGUAGACCACCUACUUAGGAUGAAGGCAGUCUCCAGUCAUAUCAAGCAAUCGGCCCAAGUUCUCAAGGUCUCCAUGCCCAACUCGUACAACACUUCGAAGCCACCCAAACAGAGCAAUGGGCUUCGCGAUCUAGGAUUCACGAUAGACCCUGCAUGGAUACGUCCGGGAUGGCCCGUCAUCGUGUGGACAUAUUGGACACCCGACCAGCGCCGCAUCGCCGUUCAGCUUGGGCACCAGACUAUCAUGGGCAUGUGCAAGGUUCAAAAGGAAACGUGCCAGAUGACGAGCUCGAGACCUGUCCUGGGCUGCGUGCGGAGCACUACCGGUCUCGGCUUCAUCCACACGGCCCUCAUGGGUAUUUACAUUGGAACUCCAACGUAUCUCCUCUCGCCAGUCGAGUUUGCGCAGAACCCCAUGUCGUUGUUCGUCACCCUCUCGCGAUACAAGAUUAAAGAUACGUACGCGACACCGCAGAUGUUGGAUCACGCUAUGGCUUCUAUGCACGCUAAGGGGUUCACCCUUCAUGAGAUGAGGAACAUGAUGAUCUCGGCGGACGCUCGACCAAGGGUGGAUGUCUUCCAGAAGGUUAGGCUGCACUUUGCCCAAUCCGGACUUGACCGGACGGCAAUCAACACCGUGUACUCCCACGUCCUGAAUCCCAUGGUGGCGUCCAGAUCCUACAUGUGCAUUGAACCCAUCGAGCUCUGGCUGGAUAUACGAGCACUGCGUCGGGGGCUCAUCAUGCCUGUUGACCCCGAAACGGACCCGUCGGCACUGCUUGUGCAAGACUCUGGCAUGGUACCUGUGUCAACGCAGAUUGCCAUUGUGAACCCCGAGAGCCGGGAGCAUUGCUAUGACGGUGAGUACGGUGAGAUCUGGGUCGACUCGGAAGCAUGCGUGAGAUCCUUUUAUGGUUCCAAGGACAGCUUCGAUGCCGAGCGGUUUGAUGGACGCACCAUUGAUGGUGACCCGGACGUACAAUACGUACGAACUGGCGACCUCGGAUUCUUGUACAACAUCAGCCGGCCAAUCGGUCCCAAUGGCGCUCAGGUCGACAUGCAGGUCCUCUUCGUGUUGGGCGGCAUCGGUGAAACCUUUGAGAUCAAUGGCCUGAGCCACUUCCCUAUGGACAUAGAGGCGUCGAUCGAGCGCUGCCAUCGCAAUAUCAUCCCUAGUGGCAGCGCUGUGUUCCAAGCAGGCGGCCUUGUUGUUGUCCUGGUUGAGGUGUCCAAAAAGUCGUAUUUGGCAUCCAUGGUUCCAGUGAUUGUCAACGCCAUCUUGAACGAGCAUCAAAUUAUUGUUGACAUUGUCGCCUUUGUUGGUAAGGGAGACUUCCCAAGGUCUAGGCUCGGUGAGAAGCAACGAGGCAAGCUCCUUGCAGGAUGGGUUACCCGGAAGAUGAGGACGAUAGCACAGUUCGCGAUCCGGGACCUGGAUGCUGCUGCCAUGGGCGACAUGGGCGACACUUCGGCAAAUAUGCGCAGAGUCUCCAUGGCUAGUGCACAUAGCGGCAACGGUGGCCACCACGCCCCGAGUUUAAGGAACAUGGAACAGGCGCCGAGAAUUACCGAGCAACAGGAGGAAUACGACCAUCACCUUCCGCCGGCAUCCCUCCACGUAGGAAUCCCCGCACAACAGGCGGCGACAAUGGGCUAUCCUCCUGGAACGGGAGAGUCGACAGAUUUGGUGUCUCCGUUGGAGGAUGAUUCUCACUCUUUCGAUGCAGGCCACGGCCCGGGAGAUCAUAGUCGUCAUUACCACGCCCCUGUUUCCCCAGCCUCAAACACGGGUAUGAGCUUUGCCCAAGCACCACCACAGAUCCGACUUCCCAACGAGAGCCAAGACGGCAGCGGAUUCUGGGACCCGAAUCAAGGAAACGCAUGGGAAGCAGAUGCUCUCAAGCAGCUGGAUCUCCAGCCGCACGCAAAAUAG